AAGGAGCUAAGUCCAGUCUUGAUAACAGCUUAGGAAAACAACUCAGAAAUAGUGGAAGAGAGACAAUUGAGCAUAGUUUCAGCCGGAGAACUGUCAAUAGUUGUGGAGAAACAAUGCAAGCUACUUUACUGUGGGCCACUCUUCUGAGUAUUAUAACCAACACUCUCAGUGCAAGAAUCCUUGCUAUCCUGCCAUUUCCUGGAAGAAGCCACCAAAUCUUUCACUCCUCAGUUCUGAGGGCUCUAGCCCAAAGAGGGCAUGAAAUCGUUGAGUAUAGUCCCUUUCCACCAAACAAGCCAAUAGCAAACUACACCCACAUUGAAAUCCACACUUCUGCAGAGAAUUUAUUUGAUAAUUUAACAUAUGAAGAAAUUGAAAGACAACUACCCAGAGGUUCAGUUUUUGGUCUUGCAGCAUUGAGAGUUUGGGAGUUUUCUAAUAUCAUUUGUGAAGACACAUUCCAACACAAAAACAUAAGAAAACUUAUUGAGUCAAAAGACCAUUUUGACUUAGUGAUUACAGCGUCCACGUUUGAUUCUAUUCUAGUAUUUGGCCACAAGUUUAAUGCUCCAACAAUAGUUUCACAGGCAUUUGCUUAUUAUUCCACUAUGAACAGGGAGGCAGGCAAUGCCUUGUCAAUAGCAACAGUGCCAGAUUCACUAUCUUUCUUGUUCAUGAGUCAAAUGACCUUUGUUGAAAGGCUACAGAACUUUAUUUCUGUUUCCUUGACUCUGUUUUAUUACUAUUCAUUCCAACUGGCCAAGCAAGAUGCUAUAAUUAAAAAGUACUACCAGUACCCUGGCACUCCAAAUGCUGCUAAGAUGGUUAGCGAUGUCUCGCUGACUUUGCUUAAUGUCUACCCACCCUUAGACCCUCAACCCUAUACCCCAAACAUCGUACCAAUCGGAGGAAUUUCAGUUGCUUCAGAUAGAGUUGUACUUCCCCAGGAUAUUAAGGAAUUUAUGGAAAACGCAACAGAGGGUGUAGUGUAUUUCAGUUUUGGCACAAUAAUUCCUGCACACCAGUUGCCGAAUCAGGUACUCCAAAUAUUUUUGAACGUGUUUAAAAAAAUACCUCAGAAAGUAUUGUGGAAGAUUGAGGCUGAGACUAUCCCAGGCCUUUCAGACAAUGUGAAAAUCGUCAAGUGGGCACCUCAGAUGGGAAUACUGGAACACCCCAACUGUGUGGCAUUUAUAACACAUGGAGGACUCAACAGCCAAUUGGAAGCAAUUCACUCAGGUGUACCAACUGUCGGAAUACCUUUUUAUAUUGAUCAACCUUAUAACGUAAAAUUUAAUGAGCAUAAAGGUAUUGGGAUUAAAAUUGACCUUAAAGAUCUCACUGAAGAAACUCUUCAUUCAGCUUUGAGCUCUGUUUUGAAAAACCAAAAGUACAAAGAGAAUGCUCAGCGACUAUCUCGCAUAUUCCGGGACAGACCAAUUUCCCCAGCUGACUCAGCAGUGUUCUGGGUGGAGUAUGUGCUGAGACAUAAAGGAGCUCAUCACCUGAGAUCUGCUGCCACACAACUGUCCUGGUACCAGCUGGCUCUCCUAGAUGUUCUGGCAGCUGUCGUGGCUGUCAUUGUCAUCAUUUGCUUUGUCUUAAGGAGGAUAUACUCAUUAUUGUUUGUCUGGAAGAAACAACCAAAAGUGACAAAAAAGAAAAAGGAAAAUUAAGAUAACACCAUCCCAUGAAGACUACUAAGUACUCGAGUCUUCUUCCAAAUGUGUCCCUUGAAGCUGAACACUCUGAACAAAAUCGAAUAUCGAAAUAAUUAUUCAUGUAGAUUUGAUACUAAAGAAAUGCAUUAUCUCAGUCUGCUGCCACACAACUGUCCUGGUACCAGCUGGCUCUCCUGGACAUCCUUGCAGUUGUUGUAGCCACCAUGAUCAUCCUUUGCUUGAUCCUAUGGAGAGCACUCCCAAAAAUGUUCUACAAGUUUAAAAUGUUUAAAGAUAAAGAAAGUAAAUUAAUCUUA